AUGACUAAUCCACAUGGGUUGGAGGACACCGGUGAGAGAGAGAGAUGGAUAUUGGAAAGGGGUUAUAAUGAGGAAGAGGAAGAAGAGGACUAUAUGAUGAUCGUUGGAAUCUGGGGGAGUGGAACAAAUACACUCUACGCAACUAGAUUUGUAAUGGUGAUCACCAACCCUCAUCCAGCUGCUCCAUACUCUUGCGCAUCAAAAAGUAGACAUCGUUAUUCGCCAAAUCAUCAUUCUUGA